UCAAUGCAAUUUAUGAUGUUUACCAGUAGGGGGCGGUAAAACAUAGACAAAAAUUCACGAUGGUAAUCAGCCAGUGACGUUUAACCAGGAAGAAAAUGGGCAGACACGGAAAUGACGUCUCUAUAGAGCAAAUGUGUUAACUGCAAAGAGCACUUAGGAACUGAAGCAGUGUGGAGUCAUGUGGCCCGUAGUUUGGACCGCGAUGCGGACCUAUGCACCUUACGUCACCUUCCCUGUUGCUUUUGUGGUCGGCGCAGUGGGCUACCACCUGGAGUGGUUCAUCAGAGGGACCCCUAAACCUCGAGAGGAAGAGAAGGGCAUCUUGGAACUGAGGGAGGAAAGAAAGCUGCAGGAACAAGCGGGAAAAGACAGCACUCAGGUGCUUAGCCUUAAAGAGAAACUGGAGUUCACGCCUAAAGCAGCGCUCAACAGGAACCGAGCUGAGAAGAGCUAAGUCAUGUUUUUGUGACAGACCUGUGUUUGCAGUUUUUCACCGACUGAAGGGUGCUCUGGGAGCAAAAGGGGUGAACUGGAGGACAAAAAUCACCCAUUGUUCUACUCACCUGAAUAUCAGUUUACUGCUUGUCGUCUCCUAGAAGCCAAAGCCUGCUUGGGCGACAGCAAACACAUAAAACCAAACGUACUCUUGGCGUUGUUUCAGAUCAGGUAAACAUCUCCUAUGUGUGAGUUCUCAUAUGACCUGGCAGAGCACAUAGAUCAACAUUUUAACCAAACCACUGCAACAACAACCUAUUUAUUGAAUAGUGUUGAUCGAAUGGAUUGUUUUAUGCCUGCUUGUCUACAUGUACAAUGAAAAUACUGUUUUAUUUGUGUCAUUACAGCAUUAUGACCCGGGUUUUAUUGUGUCCUUCAUUCAACUACUCUUUCAUGACAAAUUUUAUCACAGAGUCACAAGGUGAAUGUCACUUAGUCUUUUCUGAAUGUUAAAUUAUAAAUAUUAACUAAUUGGCUGGAAGAGGAAAAAGAAAGACAGCUCUUUGUUCCUUUUAUUUCAAAUGACCUUUGAGGGUAUGUGGCCAAAUAAGCCAGCAGUACAGGAGGUUUUUCAGGAGCUGUACGAUUUUUAGGAGUAUUAUGUUUCACCUGAACAUACUUUCAUUUUAGAAAGUCUGGAUGGUUGAUACUCAAAUGUGUCAGGUCUGUGUCGAAGAAAUAACAUGAAAUAAAGGAAAAUUAUGUUCAUAAGUUGAAA